UCCAAGGAAAUGGAGUGUCUUGAUCUUUUACAGUAAAUGGAUGAGUGUUUGAAUGAUUUCCUCAUAGCGGGCCUGAUCACACCAUGGAUCAGAUGACGAUGAUCUCUCCCACUUUAGCUAUCUCUAGAUCUGAAGAGGGAGACAAUGUGCACGUUUCGAAAAGCCUGCUGCCCUUCAGUGAGGACCGGAAGAAGUCUGAACUAUCUCUUGAGGUGCAUUUGGAGGCUCUGAAGGCCAAACGCAAGCAGCAGCUGGAGAAUUUGGAGCUUCAGCAUCAGACUGGGCUGGAGAAGCGGGUCCUGCAGAACUCCCUGCUCACCAGCAGCACUGAGUGGAUGCUUAAAGCCAAUAUACUGCAGCAGAGCAUCAGCGAUCAUGGUGGCCCAAACUCUGAGAAACGCAAACACCACAGCUCAAAGGUGAUUCUGCAGAAUUUUACCCCAAGUGGAAUCAAGGCAAUAAUAACUUCUCAGGGAACGCUGACAGAGAGACAGAGGAAGCCUCUCCCUCAAGAUUCACAAAAAGCCAAAGAGGAGGCAGACCUGGUUGAGUGUCAGAAACAGUUUUGCGUUGCUCCUGUCCCUGAGCACAUCUCUAAGCCUCUUUAUGAUAACCUCAUCCAUGAACAAGAGCGCUUGAGGAAGGAAGGUCGUGAGCAGAGGAGAGAUUUCCUCUUGACCAUGCAGAAGCCCUUCAGGUUCCACAAGAGGGAUGAGAAGAAGAAGGAGAUGGACUCUGUCAAUAAAAGUGAAAAAACACAACCAGUUUGUGUGAGGAAACCUAUACCCAAAGCAGCCUCAGACCCCAGGUUUCCUGACCAGUUGAAAGAACAGGAGCAGCAAAGGAAGAUUCGCAUUCACCUGAGAGCCCAGGAGACCCUGAAAGCUUCCUCAGCACCCAUUCAAAGGAAUGAAGCCAGUGCAGAUAGCCAGACCCGCACGUCCCGCAGUGCUCAGAAGAGCAAAAACAAGAUGCUGGGUUACUUGGACCAGAAGCUGUCCUUCAGGCCUCAAACUAACGCUGCCGUGCCUGACUUUGACAAGCUCUACCAGGCCUUUCAACAGAAGGCAAUGGAGACAGCAGAGAGGAGAGAUGUGACUCAGUGUAAACCCUUCCGGCUGCGCACAUCUGCACUACAGCCUCGCCACAGGAGUCCAGAAAACACACAGAAAUCUACAGACAAAACGAGUCUAAAGAGAAGCAGUUCAUUAGGUGGCCUGACAUCACUGUCGAUGGAUACUCUUCCAACUUACAUAACAGAUGCUGCCAGGAAAAGAUCCAUGGCUGUAAGGAGAUCUCUGGAGCUGAAGGACCUCAAGGAGCAGGAGAACGCAGAGUGGAUGAAGCAGCACAGAAUCAAAUCUCACGCCAUGAGCAGGGCAGUGGCAAUGAGAGCCAAAGCAAUGGACCCCCAUAAGAGUCUCAAAGAGGUCUACCAGGACAAACUCAAACUGCAUCGGCAAGCUGAUCUGGAGAGAAUGAAAGAUUAUCAAAAAGAGCUGAAGGAAAUCAAAUCACGAGUGACAGCUCGCCCAUACCUCUUUGAGCAGGUGUCGCAGGAAAAUGCCAAGAAUAAUGUUGAACGCAGAUAUAGGAACACUUUGGAACAAGCAGGUUUGGAUGAGAAUUUCGUGAGAUCAAAGGGAGAAACCAGUAAGACCAACCAUGUGGACACUGUGGAUGAGGAUCAUAACAGCACUGAAAGCGAAACCCAGAAGAGUGCAGGAAGUGGGGAAGACAGUGUCACAAAUGAGGAGGAAAACGAAGGGAAUGUGGAAACCAAAGAGGAAGAGUUGUGCUGACAGAAGACAUGUUUGGAGGCCAGUGUAUUCCAUCAAUAAUCCAUAUGUGCUGGGGAGACUGUGGUCAGACAAAAAAUCACUGGUAGAUCAUUUCA